AUGGAGAAGCUCAAUAUCACCAGUCACAAACCAGCCGCUGACUGUGAACUCUUGACUGCUUCCACUGGCCUCCACAGCCCCAUGUACUUCUUCCUGUCCAACCUGGCCACCAUGGACAUCAUCUGUACCUCCACGAUCCUGCCCAAGGUGCUGGUGGGUCUGGCUGCUCAAGAACACAUCAUCUCCUAUGCCGGCUGCAUGGCCCAGCUCUUCUUUCUCAUCUGGUCUGGGUCCUCUGAGCUGCUGCUGCUCUCAGUCAUGGCUUUCGACCGCUAUGUGGCCAUCUGCCGCCCACUGCACUAUGGCACCAUCAUGAGCCCACGGGUUUGUGUGGUGCUGGCUGGGAGUGUGUGGGGCAUCUGUGCCAUGAAUGCUUCAGUCAACACAGGUCUCACCGCCAUGCUGACCUUCUGUGGCCCCCGUGUCAUCGAGCACUUCUUCUGCGAGAUCCCCCCACUGCUGCUGCUCUCCUGCAGCCCCACGCGAGUGAACAGCAUCAUGACUCUCCUGGCCGACGGGUUCUAUGGCUUCACCAACUUCUUGCUCACCCUGGCCUCCUAUGUCUGCAUCAUGGCCAGCAUCCUGCGCAUCCGCUCUCGGGAGGGCAAGCGCCGUGCCUUCACCACCUGCUCCUCCCACCUCAUCGUGGUCUCUGUGUACUACUCAGCCGUGUCCUGUGCCUACAUCAGCCCCGCUUCCAGCUACAGCCCUGAGAGGAGCAAAGUGGCUGGGGUGAUGUACACUGUGCUGAGUCCCACCCUGAACCCACUGAUCUACUCCCUCAGGAACAAGGAUGUUCACCGUGCCCUGGGCAACAUGCUCCCCUUCUGUCAAAGGUGA